AUGGAGGAUUUGCAACUCGACUUCUCAGGUAACAAAUCCUUUUGUAUAUUUGUGUGGGAACAGUGCAACGAGCAGACUGCUCGGCCUCUGAAGAAAUUGCGUCAAGCAAGGUAAUGCAGAUUCUGGAAUCCCGGAAAGUUCUGCUGGUAGAAUCCGGAAUCCGGAAUCCAAGUUCCAGUGACAAAAAAAUCGAAAACCAGUAGCUCUGGAAUCCACAACGUGGGAUUCAGAAUAUAAUCCAAGACUGUCUUGGAUCACCUUACACGGGGGCCAAAGAAAUGUUCGCGUUUUCUAUUGGUUAACGGAAUGGGAAUCUUUUCUUUAUUAUCUUUGCUUGACAUUUUUAGCCUAACUAAUUAUCUAAUAAUAUAUAUGUUAUUCACCGGCUGGGAGUUCCUUUAGGGCGGUACUCAAACAGAGGGCACAGUUUCUCCCAAUACGGACCGACCUAGGUCGGUGAAUAACAUUUUUAUUUUUUUCCUACUGCAGAGAUUUAAAAGUAUCAAAAAAAUUUUCCUUCAUUCUCCAACCUAUGUGUGUUGAAGUAGGACGAGUUCGUUGAUGAAGCGCGCAAUCGAUUGCAAACCAAAACAAAACAUUACAACAUGAUUUUUAGCUCUGUAAUUUAUAUUAUUGCACUUUAGGGACCGUUCAUUUUUUAUGGGGUAGGGGGGGGCUGGUGGGAUUUGGAGGAGUGUAAUUUGAAAAUUGUAUGACCCCCCCCAAUUUCCGAUUUUUUUCGCAUGGCCCCCCCUCCUCAUCAGAGUAAUUUUUUUUGGAAGGCCUCCCCCAUGAAUAAAAAAAUACAUAAGGUAUUAAAAGAAGUUACUGCAUUAAAAUUUCGUUUUGUUACAUUUCACGUAAUUUAGUGAAAGAAAGCAGAAAGCUAGAAAGCUGUUUUUAACAAAUCCUCACUCAAAAGAAUGAAAAGUCAAUUUCAGCUCUUCUUGUUACUGCUCGUCCUGAGCGUGUUGUAGCUGGCCGCUUGUCUACAUAUUCCUCGUCUGAGGCGAUAAAAGCAAGAACGACAUCAUUUGAGUCGUCUUCAGAGUCAGGGGCAUCACUCUUGUAAUCAUCAUCAGUUUCUUCUCCCUCACUGCUUUCACCACUGCUGUCUAGUUGACCUGAUUCAUUGCUGCCUCUCACUUAGGCUUGACCUGUUCUGAGAGUAUUCAUCUGCAGGAAGUGUCCCAUAAUUGUCUUCACUUUGUCAUUCUUGCUGCUCUUCUGAUGCUGUUUUAAUAGCCCAUGAUGUUGUAAGUAUUUGUUCAAUUCUGGCACACGGAGCUUUUUUAGCUUGGCGGCAUCUUCGCACAAAGUAGCCCAAUGAUAAUCAUCAUAGGACUUUUGUCUUGCCUCCCUACUUUCCCUUGCCCUUUCCGCCAGUCUCUUCUUUUUUUUAAACUCUAUGACCUCAAGAUGCUGGAGAUAGUCAACCACAAACUUUGGUUUCACAAUGAAUUUGUCUCCAAAUCUAGUUACGCUCUCUGGGUCAGACAAAACUACGCUACCACUGGCAUGUGCCUUUUUCAACUGGACUCUUGGUUGCCAAUCGUCUGGAUCACGCCCCUCAUUUGGGGUCUGCUGAUAAGGAAGGUAGUGGUACUGUGGAAGCAGCCAAGGUUUCAGGGGAAUUAGAAAACCUCGAAAAAAAGGAGACCUUUGACCAGGUCUUCAAGGGCUUAACAGGACACUAUGUGUCAAAAAAAAGAAAAUUAAAACAAAACCGUAGGAAAUCAAAGGGUAGAAAACGCAAACGGUUUGAAAACAACGUCCUACGCGUGUAUCAUAUCUGCGUUGCAAAUCCCCUUGCAAAAGAGCUUCCCAAUUGUCUUCUUUAUCCUCCCUCCAUGACAAUUCCGGAAGCGUGCAUAAACGUUGAAGAUGUAGCAGCAUUGUUGCUAACACGGGAUGCAGCAUUCACCGCUCACCUACUGCAAUCAAGCUACUUCAGCAACGCGGCACAAAGCAGGCUUAUUACCAACCUUAAGCCAGAAGUAAGAAACAGGAUGUAUUGCUUCCUGCAUCCUGAAGAUUAUAGCUCAAACGUCGGAGACACGAACAAAGAGGAAGAAGAAAACGACGAAGAAGAGGAAGAAGAGGAAGACAACGAAGAAGAACAGGAGGAAGAAGAAGAGGAACACAGCGACGACGAGAUCGAAGAGAACGUCGAAAAUGAGGAAGGGGACACCUCGUAGUAGUUUCAUGCCCCUCCCAUUAAAUUUCUCAGAGAAAAGCUCUGGUAACGAGGUCAGUUCCAAUUCAGGACUCAAAUUAUUGGUUUUAAUUAUAUGAGCUUGACAACAACAUUUUUAUGAAUGAAAAGAAAGUUGUUGCUAUUCAAGACUGUUAUUAUGGUACGUUCACUGUCCUUAUAAAAUAUAAAAGCUGUUGAGAAGUUUUCUUGUUACCCUGGAACUGUUUUAGCAUAUUUGUUAUAAAUAAAAGAGCACAAUUUUUCUUCCAUUUGUAAACAUCUCUUAUCCUAUUUUUAAUCUAAUUUUUUCGUCCGACCCCCCCCCCUUUCCUUCAUUUUUUUCGGCUGCCCCCCCCCCUUGAAUGAAAAAUGAACGGUCCCUUAUACUGCUCUCUUUUAGAAUAACGAAAGGUUUUUGUGUCUUGAUAGACAAUUUAUAAUCUGAUGGCGUCAAACAAGGUUAACAGAAUUGACGAGCUUGAUAUUAAAACCCCCAGGAAAAAAAAGCAAGGAUUUUUUUCGGCUGAAUAAUUCAAAAAUUGCUUUACUGCGCUUUUCACAAACAUGCGAACUCUAAAGUUCAAAAGCCGCCUUCAACAACCUUUUCUGAUAAGUAGAAAACUAGCGUGGCAAAAUUCAAUGAAAAACGACAGAAUCUAGACUAUUCAUACAGAAAAAAUGGAAAACAAAACUACAAACAGAGCAAAAAUGUCCAAUAAAUGGUGCAUAAAAGCAGUACUGUAAGUACUUGCAGUACUUAAGCGCGGUUAAUUAUAAAGCUAGUGAACCGACAUCACGAGCCACCUGUUUUGCCUACUUUAGCAGUUUUCGUGGCUGACUUGCUUGAUUCUACCUUCAGAUUUUUUGUCUGAAUAAUAAUUUCCUAGCUAAUGCUAAUAGCAGCGUAAGUCAUUAAAAGAAAAAUGGUUUGAAAAUGACGGUUUUUCUCAUUCACAAAAAACAAAAAAAAUUGGCAAUGAAACUGCCAACGGUGGCCAAGAUCGUAAAAUACCGCCUGCUCUCGGCGGAACCAAUCAGAUUGCAGGAUUUUGAGGAUUCCGCCCGCUCGCAAGCUUGGAAAAAAAUAUAUUAUAAAAUUUACUGUAGCUUUUGAGGGAGACUAUUCCUUUUACAGUCAAGCCAGGUCAAGCGUACCCCCCAAAAUCCCAUUAAUAGAAUCUUGGGGGGUACGCUUGACCUUUUUUGACUGUAAUCCUGGUGGUUUCCUUUGGGCUUCCUCGCCAUUAGCUUUUUAAGAUUUAGAACUUCUUCUGCUUUGCAUAUCUUAUGGCAAAGCAAUAAACUUGACUCUUGAACUUGAAACCUAUGUCAUAAGGUUUAAGCUGCGAUGGCGAAUUGAGCAUUGACGCAAAUCUAGAGCUUAACCUGGGAGGCGACACUGGUGGAAUUGAUUUGGGUCAGAUUCAGUUUCCUAAUCGACAAGCAAGGCAGAUACUGUCUGGAACUUCUCAGGCUCGACCGAACCUUGGUGGUGUUGUAUUGGCACAACCUGGCAUCCAACUUCAAGGCACAUCUCAGGCUCGACCGAACCUUGGUGGUGUUGUAUUGGCACAGCCUGGCGUCCCACUUCAAGGAAAUUCUCAGGCUCGACCGAACCUUGGUGGUGUUGUGUUGGCACAAUCUGGCGUCCCACUUCAGACAGCACAACCUACUGGUCAACAAUCAGUCCAAGUUUCUACUACGUCAUAUACCAAUGUAAGACUACGUCUUAAGACCAUUGUAACGUUUUUUAAUGCGCCAACAGGUAAAAAGAAAUAAAAAUUAUCACAAGCUGGAGAAAUAAGGUACUCUUUCCCAAUCUUCAUCGAAAUGUCGAUGCACUGUACUGAUGACACACGCUUCUUGUAUUAUUUGGCCUUCAUGUUUUUACAUGGGGCCGGAGUAAACAUCGGCUCAACCGCCGUAAAAAGUAAAAGGAGUGAGCAGUAGUUACAUCUCACCUACCAUGAAGUUAAAAAAUAGGGAGGGAUAUUCUUCAAAAAAAGGUACCUAGUUGUCGCAAUCAUUUCAUUUUUCACGGAAUCUACAAAGAGUAAAAAGUUUUUUUCAUCAAAAGCACACGAAUUUAACUGAUUUUGAUAAAUAUCCCUCUGACUCGCGUGGUAUUCUGUUUUCGUUUCUUUGCGUUAAACUUCCUAACAGAUCUUUUUUCUUAAAUUAAAAGCUCAUUGAUUAUGUUCAAACCUUAAUGGAUCUUAAUGAUAGAUAGCACAGUGAUAAAACAGUGUUUAAUUUUUGUACUUUGCAUUGUGGCAAUUAUUUUAGCACGGUUACCAAGUUCAACCACGGCAGUACCAUGCCCCACCUGUCACCCUUCAGCAGCCUCCUUACAGUGGUGCAGCAACUGUAAUUACUACACCAAAUGGGCCACCUGUGCCACAAGUGGCACACAUGCAUAAUGGUUUACCUGUGCAGACAGCUCAGCUUGCACAAAUGCAGCAGGUAUUUUACAGUUUUACAUAAUCGUUGACGGGGCGCGGUCGUGUGAUGUGUUUCGAAGUUCCGGAAUUCGGUUGGAGAUUCAGAGUUUUUUUCUUUGUACACCAAAUGGACCACCUGUGCCACAAGUGGCACACAUGCAUAAUGGUUUACCUGUGCAGACAGCUCAGCUUGCACAAAUGCAGCAGGUAUUUUACAGUUUUACAUAAUCGUUGACGGGGCGCGGUCGUGUGAUGUGUUUCGAAGUUCCGGAAUUCGGUUGGAGGUUCAGAGUUUUUUUCUUUGUACACCAAAUGGACCACCUGUGCCACAAGUGGCACACAUGCAUAAUGGUUUACCUGUGCCGACAGCUCAGCUUGCACAAAUGCAGCAGGUAUUUUACAGUUUUACAUAAUCGUUGACGGGGCGCGGUCGUGUGAUGUGUUUCGAAGUUCCGGAAUUCGGUUGGAGGUUCAGAGUCUUUUUCUUUGUAUCUGGCAAGUAAAAUCUCCUCCCCAGAAUCUGAGAUCACUUUUUUCCAACAGAAAUUAAAAGGUGCUGGCUUCACUACAUGAGUUGAAGCUUUGUUGACGAUUUGUCACUGGUGUCAUAAUAAACGACUUAACGAAUAAGAAUGUAAAGCUGUUUUCACAGCAGAUAACUUGCUUGUAUAAAUCUAAUCACGUGCACUACUAAUAUUUACUUCUGUAUAUCUAAACUUAGAGACCUGUUGUAGUGGCUCCGACUCCUUCUCCAAACUGGAUGGCACUUUCUAUUUUUUCUGUCAUAUUUUGUACGCCACUUGGAAUAAUAGCCUUUAUGUUCUCUUAUCUGGUAAGAUAAUUUCGACUAUCGUUACUUUGCAUUUGCCUACCGGUCUGUUUACUUAUGAGCUACGGCUAAUCCUAACCCUAACCCUCGUAAGUUUGGGAAUACAGGAGGUGUGAGAGUGAAUCUGUUGUAUUUUUCUCAUUUCGUAGGCAAAUAGUAUUCUUAAAAAACUGUAGUGGUGUUCACGAGAAAGUAAAGCUCAGCAGCAGAAAUCGCAAAAAGGAACAAGAAAUGGGUACAGGCUCUCUUACUGAUCUUGUGCUCCCCUGGCCAUGUUAGAUCCUCUGCGUAUCCCAGAGGACACGUACACGUAUUUCGAAUGUAGUCAUCAUUUCCAACAAAUUAGAAAACUAAUAUACAAUUUUUAAAUUAUUCUUUUCCCUGAACUGACACUCCUUUCAUCUUAAGUUGCGCUAGAAAAGUAAUAAAUUCAUUAUAGCAACCUAUACACGAUGAAUUGAAUCCGCUAACAAUUGUGUGUAAACUGAUUAAACUUUAGCGUCCAAGAAGUUUACUAUCAAAUGUGUCCAUUUUUUACUCACAUAAUCUUUUUUUCACGUUCGGUUUCAGGUCAACGAGUCACUCAAAAGAGGAGAUCACCAAGAAGCAGUCAGAAACUCAAACGCUGCUAAGUGGCUAAAUGUGCUUGCCAUAAUAAGCGGUUUACCUUUGUGGAUAUUUAUUUUUUAUGUAAUAUAUUAG